ACGGCAACAGCACUACAGUAUGGAACGGUCUGUGUUUGUGCUCUUAGUUCUUGUUCUGAUUUCCCUUUGUAAAGGACUGACAACUCCAUAUUUUUGUCCCAUCAAACCGUGCCCUGAAUUUGUUUUGCUUGAGACAAACCAUGGUUUUGAGACACGUUUAUAUAAUGACAUGCUUUGGAUUACCACCAAAAUUGAAUCAGAUGACGUGAUGGCUGCACAUUCUAAAUUAAAGGAUUUCUGCGAGAGACAGAGACUAGCGGGUUAUACAAUACCUGACGCGUGGCCUGUGCUGAUCACAGUCAUUGACGAUGACAUGUCCUGGUUGUCCUGGUUUGUUCCAAAUGGCACAGCCGUGGCUUCUAUCAGUGACCCAUAUGUGACACAGGAAACAAGACCUGGUGGGACUGUUUAUGUCCGAAAAUUCAGUGGAUAUCCAAGCCGAGAUUCUGGCCUACAAAAUGCAAAGAAGCUGUGUGAGGAUUUGACUAAAGCGCAGAAGAAAUUCAAUGCAAAUACCUUCUACGGGGCUGGCUAUGAGCCCAUCUGGAGUGUGAUUCACCACAAUGAAAUCUGGAUCUCUGCUGUAUGAGAGACAUAGUCCAUUAAGGAAGUAUUCAGAAGUAAGGUAUGCAGAACAAAAUAUUUGCUGAGGAUUAUCAGCCGACUCUUAUGCUGGGCAUGUGGCUCAGAAAAGUCAUGUUCAGUCCUGUUCAACCUGUUUGCUCAGAAGCACUGGCACUUCAACUGACACAAAAACAAAAAAUCUUUGGGCUGCUAAAAACAGAUAAAUUAUGGGAAAUUAAAAUAUGAAUUCAAUAAAGUAUAUAAUUCCAGUCCAGUGGUCUCUCCAUUGUAACCUGCAUGCAUGUUGAA